AUGUCUGAAUUGCCUGUUUAUAACACAAAUUCAGAGGCUCGAAGAAGACACCACAACAAUUACGAAACUAAGACAAAUACUCAAACAACAGAACAAAACAAUCUUUCAGAAGGAAGUGGAGGAGACUUAAAUUAUUAUUCUUUUCAACAAUUCGGAAAUUUUUCUUCAUUAAUUACUCCAGCUUCUAAUAUUUGGAACGCAGCUCAGGAUAUUUCAAAUUUGCCUAUCGAUAUGCCAUUCCAUGAUCGAACAGUUGAAUUUAGAACUGUGGCAAAGUCUUGUCAGUUUCGACAUCAACCUAAUGGGAAUAUUUUGGAAGCUAAAGGAGAACGCGAGAAAAUGCUCCAAUCUUCUAUACAUUUUAAUCAAUUGGCCAAGAGGAUUGGCAGGGAUUUGAGCAUGACUUGUGCAAAAAUGGAGAAGUUAUCUCAACUAGCCAAAAAUAAAUCACUUUUUGAUGAUCGGGCAAGUGAAAUUGAAGAGCUUUCUCAGACUAUAAAACAAGAUAUAACUGGUUUAAAUAAACAAAUUGCUAAUUUACAACAAGUUGCACUUCAGAGAUCUGGGGCUAAAAAUAAUUCAUCAAAAAAUGAACAGCAGGGCCAGAACCAUUCGAAACUUGUUGUUGUUGGUUUACAAUCAAAGCUUGCUUCUAUUAGUAAAACUUUUAAAAAUGUUUUGGAAAUUAGAACAGAGAAUUUAAAAUUAAAAAGAGCCAGACGCGAAAAAUUCAGUCAAUCGGCAGCAAUUCCUUCAAAUUUACCUCCAUCUGCAAGCAAUGGAAAUAGUAACUAA